AUUCACGUACCCAGUGCAAUUAGCGGCAGAAAACUCGGCUCAGUUGGGAGUAGACUACUAACCAACGUGCCCACUAUGGAGUUUAACUUGACACUGAAAACGCCCUAUCGGCGCUUUAUGACGACCGACCGGUUCCGGAUAACUGCUUCCCAAGGCUUCGCCCGAAUUCAACACACACGUUACGACCAAGAUGCACUGGGAGUUGUCGUCCCAAUAGGUGGAGACCCACCGCCCACUCCAACCACCGCUAGCGCCAACCUCGUUGUCGACAGUGAAGUCCUCGUUCCAGACCAAAACCGCAAACUCGGUACCGAAAUUACUUAUAUCACCACAGGUGCCCUCACAUCCUACGUCCUUCUCUUGGCAGGAUCGCAAACAUGUAUUGACCGCGAAGUAACCCUUGAACUGGUCCGGACAUCGUCCAAAACGUCAAUACUAAAAACGAUAAUGUCGCUGUCCAACAACACCGCACCUAAUCCGGAAGUUUGGUCCAAGCAUCGGGACUGGCAUUUGAGAACGUUUGGGCUAGGAACGGAUGUACAACCUACGCCACAGGAAGUUAAUGUCCGAGGACGGUUGGCUCGAGGGCAAUUUUUGGCGGAUGUAGAUGGAUUUAUGAGUGUCGCCAAGAGUUUUGAGGAGGUAGAGCAGUUUCUGGAACGCACAGUUGAUCGGUAUGUCAAAGUCUUCCGGUCCGUGCUAGAUAAGCAAGAUGAUGGGCCACUAAGUUUGAAGCAAUUGGCGUAUGCAUCGUGCCUGGCGCGGGAUCGCCGGGAAAUUGACGGUAUGGUGGAUGAGGGACAAAUGGGACCUGUCUUUUGAAUAUUUUAUCGGCGUAAGAAUAGAAUAAUUUGGGGUGGGUAUGAACAUGGGCAGAAUAUAGUGUGGAGGUGAUUGAAAAUGGCACUAAGACCCAUUAUUAUCCGGAUAAUCCAGUUAAUCAUAUCGCAUAAUCAGCA